AGGACUCGCGCGUGGUGAUUCAGUUUCCGGUUCCAAUCGUUUCCUGUGAAGAUAAAGCAGGGUCUACAUGGAGAAACUGGAAACAUUUACACACUGACGCGCCGAGCACUUCUUUCUGGUUGUCGCUAUCCCCGCUUCAAGAAAACUGCCCGUCUCGGCAGCCGAGAGCGCGUGCGACAUAAUAACCGAGCGGAGGGGCUGCAGCCAGGCGUUACAGAAGUCAAAAUGGCGGCUGCUCUAAUCCAUCUGUGAUCACUCCUCGGUAGCUGCACCCAGCAGCCCGCUUCUGGUCACCGGCGCUUCGGUUUCACUCGGUCAGUCGGAGCACAGUCUGCACCGUCAUGUCGGAUUCAGAGGAGGACAGCCAGGACAAGCAGCUUAAAAUUGUAGUGGUUGGAGACGGAGCGUGUGGGAAGACAUCACUCGCCACUAGAUUUGCACAGGAGGCCUUCGGGAAGCAGUACAAACAAACCAUUGGCCUGGAUUUCUUUCUGAAGAGAAUAAGCCUUCCAGGCAACUUGAACGUGACUCUGCAAGUUUGGGACAUUGGAGGCCAAACUCUAGGGGGGAAAAUGCUGGACAAAUAUGUAUAUGGAGCUCAUGGUGUUCUGCUUGUUUAUGAUAUAACCAACUACCAGAGCUUUGAGAAUCUAGAGGACUGGUUCAGCAUGGUAAAAAAGGCCAAUGAGGAAUCUGAUAUUCAGCCGGUUGUCUUCUUAGUAGGCAACAAAAUCGACCUGGAGCACAUGAGGACCGUAAAGGCAGACAAACACCAGCGCUUCUGCCAGGAGAAUGGCCUCAUCAGUCAGUUUGUAUCAGCCAAGACAGGGGAUUCGGUGUAUCUUUGUUUCCAGAGAGUGGCUGCUGAGAUUCUUGGUAUAAAAUUAAACAAAGCAGAAAUAGAGCAAUCCCAGUGUGUGGUGAAGGCAGACAUCGUCAACUACAGUCAGGACACCGUGGCCAGGACAGUCAACCACCCUCGCAGCUCCAUGUGUGUGGUGCAGUGAUCUCCUCCAACAUAAACACACACACGAAGAUGUAAAAUUGUCAGUUCAGUCAGUAUUAUUCUAUUAGGAAUUCGGGGCGGACUGGAUGAAAAGUGUUCGGAGUACGGCCUCUGUGUUCCCGUGUGUCAGUUGUACGGGUGGGAUGAAGAACAGACUCCGCGGCUUCGAAACCUUGGCGCGUAGUUCGGAUGCUUAGUAAAAGUAAGCUCUUGGGUGGUUUACCGAAAAGAAAACUGGACCCGAUUCUUUUCUCCAAGUUUACGCGCAGCUAUCAUUUUGUUUCUUUAAUGCUAUUACCUUGUUUAUACACAUUUAAUUAAACGUUUAAACGGGGAAUAUAGCCACUGAAAAUAGUUUUACAUAGGUACAUAUUUCUUUCUGCCAUAGAUAUUAGUUUCUAUGAGUUAUGUGGUUUUAUAGACAUUAUCGUCUCUUUCAUGCCUGUAUUUACGUAUGAAUGCAAAGCUGAGCUGAAACCAAAAGUCUCAUAAAUCUUCUCAUAUCUUUUUUUUUACUCAUCUCUCGAAUCGGAA